AUGUCCCAGUCUGCCACAAAUCCCUCUGAACAAGUCGUUACACAAAAUCAGCGCCUUUUUAAUAAAUAUGCCAACGUUUUUAAAACAGCUGACCCAGUACAUUUCGUCUCGCAUACCAGAAAGCUAGCUACCUGGCUGAGCGAUUACAAGGCAUACUAUGACGAUGCCAGACCCGAAAUAGUCCGACUCCUGAUGAUCGCCCAGAAUGCUGUGAAAGCCCAUCUUGGAAUUCAAGAUAUACAAACACCUUUUCGUGCUGCUGACUAUCCUAAUGAUAUCAUGGUAUUAGCCUAUGUACAGCUAGUUGCUGCUGUUGAGCCGUUUACCAGUUAUUUUUCCCGCGAACCUGGAAUUCUCGCACAUGUACAAGAGAUCACUGCAACUAUACACGCGCCACGCACGUUAACCCUUCAAAAUCAGACUGUUUCCUACUGUACCUCUGCACAACCAAGCAUGCCCGAAGUAGAUCCUACACGUUCAAAUGAUUCAGAUCCCGAUGUAAUGAUCAUCGAAAAGCCGCCUGGUUUUAAAGAUGCCAAAUCAGUUCAAAUUACGCCUUCCUCUUCUAAUACAAUCUCCAGGAAGCCAUCAGCUACCCUAACUAAGCCCAAAAUAAAAAAACGGAAGACAAUCGACUUUAACGUCCUUGUCGACUAUGACUUGAAAGGAUUAGAAGAGAAAAAAGGUGGAAAAGCAUCCGGUGACAGCGAUGCUUCUAAAGCCGCUUCUGAAGUACAGCCCUCUGUCACACCCCAUGCGGACCAUCAGGCCGAUGCAGAACUAAGUGUUGUUCAUCAAGAGUCGCAAAAUGCUUAUAUCCCAGCAGGGGAGCCGCCCAAAGAAAAGGAAGAACCAUUUAAUGUCGCUAGUAUCCCAUUGAUUGAUCUUCAAAAAGUAUCUGAGCCAAAUGUACAAGAUGCAAACAUCUCUAUGUCGCUACCGCUGGAUAGUCCGCAACAAUUCACGGUAGCAGUUAUCUCUACAUCUGCCGUCGAAACAACUUCUAAAGGUGUUACGGCGCCGGAGCGUUCUGUGAACGAGGCCUCAGUCCCGUUGAUUAACUCGGAAGGGCAACAGAGCGAUGAUAUUCAAGCCAACCAGGCGGAACAGACCCAACCUAUUUUUAUUACCCGAGUCCCAUCAACUGAAUCUGGCGAAAUCACUGAAAAUGACAUUGAGAAUAUCGAUGAAAGCGCACCAACUGUGGAUGAACCUCCUGCUGAUGCAAACCAACCGUCGGAUGAGGCUUCUACUACUGGGCCGCCUUCCCAAUGUGCGAAAGAUCCGGCCCCUCACCAGACAUGCAAAGAUCCAACCUCCACCCGUUCCUCCAAGGAACCAUUUCCUUCACAAUUGUCUGAUGAUUCUGAUUCUAUAGAUUCCCCCGAUGCUGGGAAAUUUGGAUCUAAGAGGAUACAAAUCAUUACACAACAGGUUGGCGGAAAUGUGGUUUCCGGAAUUCGCUCAAGGUUCACUCUUACUGAGGACUAUUACGAAAGGAUCUUGAAAUGGGCACAUUAUCAGGCUGCUGCGGGUGCUGACACCAAACUCGCAGAUGAUGCACUUUGUAUAACUAUCGGAUCCUAUAUGAUUGAUGAUUUAAAAGAAUUCGCUCAAGCAGGCAAUUGCGACAGUUUUGAGGCCCAGAUAUCUUUUUGUCCAUGCAAAUGGCCUCAAGAGGGUCUGUCCUUGGAAUACAAUGAUGACCAGUAUAUUCCUUUGUCUCCCCCUUUACGGGUAACCCCUGAGAAUCUAUUCGACAUAUGCCCAUUCGUUCAGAAAGGCGCAAACGAGAUUAUUCUGCGCCAAAGAACUGAUCUGACGCAAUACAUGUUUACCCUACAGGCCCACUAUCCCACAAAAGCGCAGAUUUUCCAAGUCAAACAAAAUCAUAAAAAGCAAAAGGAAUGGUCUGAGUGGGUAGAGACGGUGACCAGACCUUUAACAUUCCACUUUGCAUCGUGA